UUAUAUACUUUCCAAGCUGGUAUAAAUAAAGAAACGAAAGUGUAAAUAUGUCAUAUUUUUUACACGCUAACUACUUGUUGAAAAUGAAAAUAAAAGGUAAAUUAUAAAUGUAUAUAUUUUAUUUUGAUAAUUCUAAUUCUAAUACUAACAAUAUGUAUAUUAGGUAAGUGAAUAUAUUCUACUCUGGCUUUUAACACGUAAAGAAAAAGGAUGGCUACUUCAUAAUGUAUUCACAUUAUUUCGGAAGAGGCUAUCUAUGGUGCCGAGCUAUAUCUAUUACGUGUUAUUUUUGCUAUUUUUGCUAUUCUAUGUGUACAUUUCUGUAUGCUAAUACAUUUUAUAUGUAUUUCAUAUAUAUUAUAUAUAUUCUUUUUAUAAUUAUUUAUAUACUUCUUUAUCCCGAAAAGGAAACAAUAAAAGUAAAUAUUCUAUAAUCGUUUUUAGCAAUAA